AUGGCCUCGCCGCGGCCUGCCUCCGCCAUGGGCGCUGGUUGGAAUGGCAACGCUCACCACCAGCCGACGCCUCCCGCCGAGCCCGACAGCAAUGGCGUUCAGGUCAGGUCCAUGGGCUUACAUUACACUUUUGAUAAGGAUGCUAAGGUCAACUGUCUUGCCCGAUAUCCUCAUACCAUCCAAGUACAGACCAUUGCCCUUGACGAAAUUACCUCGAUUGGCGUCGUCGACCUUCGCGUUUGUAUCCAGGCCGUCUCGGAAUGCAGUCCAGAACUUGGCGGUCAAGAUUGCGAUUACACAAUUUACGCCCUCGAUUACUCAGAACCAGAUACGCCCCUCGUCGGCCAGGGCAUGCUCUCGUGGGCCCUCGACUCCCUCGUCCGCGGCGACCUCCCCGGCCAACAACCCAAGCUCGUCACCGGACGCAUCACGAAUAAUGUGCUUGGUGUCUUUAACGGUGGCAACCGGGAGACGCUCGAGGUCAGGCUUCGUUUAUCCGGAUCCGCCAAGCCCCAAUGGCAAACAGACAGCUUCGAUAUGGUCAUGACCCCUAGCGGUGCCGCCGAGUGGAAUUCUUUUAUCCAGUCAAACCCACAACUGGGCCAGCCACAACACGUGUCCAGAGUAGCUUCGCCAGCCAUGUCCCAUGGCCCUCCCGCCGCCACAGCCGGACGUGAUUCGUUUGGCCCCGUCAUGCAGAACAACAUCAAUGACAUUCAGCGCGUUGCGCCCAUCCCGGUCGAUCCCAGCACUGUUCCCGACAACCAAGGUGGCUCAUCGCGACCUUCAAGCCGAGCCUCCAACAGAGCGCCCCGAAAACGAAAGCCCACGGGCCGCCCCCGCGGACGCCCUAGGAAAACCCCCGUCGAGGGCAACACGUCUGGGUACGAGGACUGCACCGAGGCAGAGGAUGGCCCUGCCAAGAAACGUGCCAAACCAACCAAGGUCGACAAGCCCAACCCGUUUGCCGGUGGUUCAGACUCUCUACGCGUUACUGCCAGCACGUCUGGCUCACUACGAAACUUCCGUCCCGUUGGUACAAACAGUGAGGGCGCUGCAGGUAGCCAUCUUCAGGGAGUGCCACGUGCUCCUACUCCUGUUCCCAAUGCUCCGGUCUUCCCGGGCCGAACCUCCAAGAUAAGGCGUGAGUCAGCUCUGGGCAAACAAACAUUCAGCUACUCAGAAUCCGCCGACGCUGAUGCGAGGAGUCCUCCGUCGCCCCAGGAUGACGGUCGCUCACCAGAAUCUCUGGGCCCUACCCCAGCCUUCUCAGAGGAUAGCCCACCUGACAUUGGUUCCUCACCACCGGUUCAGCGCGACACUCCUUUUUUACGAUCCAGCCCUCCCCCUUCGAGUCCCGUCCUUCCCCCAAUGCCGCCCUCCAAGAUGCCGCAUGACGCGAGUUUCUUGUCGGAGAAUAUGGAACUCUUUGCUGAGGAGUCACUGCCGCCUCCUCAGCAAACCGUCAGCAAUCGCAAGGCUCCGUCGCGGGCGCGCAAAGGAAAGGCGCAGACCAAGGUCGUCUCCAGAAAUGUCCCGAUUCAGGUUUUCCAAAUGCAGGAUGGGCCGGACGGCCAGGAUCUGGUUCAUAUUUGCAGCUACGACUCGGGAUAUCCGGGAACACCACAGCAACGGGAGCAACCAGCGCAGAAGAAGCAGGAGCAACCAGCGCAGCGCCAGUGGAAGCAACCGGCGCAACAGCAGUGGGAGCAGCCAGCGCAGCAGCAGCGGGAGCAACCAACGCUGCAAAGCACAGAACAGCAGCGGCCAGAACAGCAGACACCGCCCGAGCUGCCCCCUCUGAAACAGUCCGCGCCGCAACACUCUACUGUCGGCGCUCUUGUCCGGAAGGAUCACAUGCCCUCACCGCCGGGAAUGGCUCCGACACCGCCUCCCACCACCGAUGCUGCCGAGAAGCCUCCUACACCAUUGGCAGACUAUCCCGAAGUCCCCGCCGAGGCAAAGGAAAUCCGGAGAAUUGCCCCUGAACCAGUGGCUCAGCCAGCCGCGAAUCACAGGCAACGACCAUCGUCUCAACCACCAGCCUCCACAACUCCAGUUCUCAAGGCCAAAACGCCCCUAGCUCGUUCAAAUUCUGCUGGUCCGCUCAUGCUGCCCAACACGCCCGCGAGUGAGCCUGCUGGUCCAUCAACCCUCACACAAGCAGCCGUUGUUGAAGACGAUAUCACCGAUUUUCAAGUGCCGGAUGCUCAGCUCGGCAAAUCGGAUGCGGUCAUGGAAAUAGUACCAGCCAGUGAUGCUCUAGCCCCAUUCGCGCGUCCGGACACUCUCUAUCUACCCGAGGCCAGCAUACCACCCAGCGAACCCAUUCUGCCUCCGCCUUCAUCACCUGAGAAUAGGACGAACAAGAACAUUGUCAAAAAGCACGCCAUUAAGCAACGUUUGGAGGAGGCGAUCAUGAACGGCACCAUGCCCCCCUUCUGCAGUAAUUGUGGGGCCAUUGAAACUCCUACGUGGCGCAAGAUUUGGGUUCAGGAUCGCGAAGGAGUCCCCGAGUAUGUUGAAUACUCGGAAAAGCCGGGUCGAAUUACCGCCAUCGAGAUUACGCAGCGUGAUGAGAACGAAAAACCCACUCAGCAUCGCGUCAUCAAGAAAGGGCUUCUCACAACAGAGGACAAGGCCAGCUGGCAAGAACUGCUUCUCUGCAACCCUUGCGGUAUCUGGCUGACAAAGUGCAAAACCCACCGUCCUCCCCAGCGAUGGGACAAGGAUGCCUCUCGCCGGGGUCAAGAACGCCGGAAGAGGGGGGGCGCUGCUCGCUCCAAGAAGGGCCGAGCUAAGGCAGAAGGUGUGCCCAAUCCAACAUCGGAGGCUUAUCUUCACACAGAUGUCAUGGGCCCGCCUGAACCCUCCUCGCCAAAAUACGGCCCUAGCGGUAUUUCAAGCACAGCUAUGGAGGGGACUCGGGGCGAUGUAUUCCCUGCCGAUGGCGGUGCUAUGGAUACACAAUCCAUCCCGGGAUCGACACACUCUGCUACUAGCGGCGACGGUACGGCGAGAAGCCCAAUUGAUGUCGACAUGGAUCAGGCUAUGGGCACAACGAAACGACUUCUGUUCCCUUCACCGAGAAAGCCUGGUACGCCCAGAGUCCUCGGCACUGCUGACAUUAAUGUUGUCAUGACCGAUGACAUGUACCGCCAGACCAGGGAUAUUGCGCUCGAGAAGGAGAACCUGCCAUUUGUCACUGACGACGGUCUUCUGAAAUGCAACGACCCAGAAGCCCUCUUCCGCAGCCCUACGAUUGGGCGCCCAGGCACGCCUCCGAAUGCGAAGGCCUCUGUCGCUGCUGAGCCCUUCAAGACUCCUACCCAUGCGGCGCCGAGCCAUCGACCAGUGACCAGAAGUGUGUCGCGGUCUCUGCGCACCGUGCGGUCUGUCUCUUCGCCCAGCCAGCUCGCUCUCCUACAGGCCACCCCGACCAAGACGCCACGCUCCAUCCGUGGCGGCCCAGGAAGUAUGACCCGCAGACGGAGCCCUCGAAACCACCAGAACGCGUUUGACCCCUUUGACACGCCAAUUUCAAGAACAAUCAACCAAUUAAUGUCGGACCCGAACGGCUUCAACCUUGACAGCGAGUUGGAUCUCAGCAACUUGCCUGCGAUGGAGAGCAGCCACGACACCCUCUUGGAGUUUGGCAACCUCCUCAGCACCGACGGAAUCAUGCCGAGCUCACCCCCUAGAAAUGGGUCAGUCUCUUUUGAUUACGAAGCCUCUUGGGCGCAAUGGAACAUGGACGCCCCGACUGAAGGGGACAACGAAUAA